AUGGCGACCAAUGAUGAUCUUGAUGAUUUCUUUAAAAAAAAAGAUCGAAAGGGUAGUAAACAUAAAAAACAAUCCGGUUUAUUAACAAAUAAUCAAGAAUUACUUAAACAAUUAGAAAUUGUUACAUCUGCAACAUCAGCAUUUAAAGAAAAUAUGGAUUUUGAUGAUGAUGAUGAACAACAAGUACAUAAUGAAUCAAUUGUAGGAACAGGUUUUACCGAAGAAAAUCGUAAACAUCCAACGAAACAUAAUAAAGUUAAAAUUCCUGAUAAUGAUAAACAUACAAAUGCCCAAGAUAUAAGUAUUUCUACUGAAGGACAACAACCACAACAACAACAACAACAACAACAACAAGAACAACAACAGCCACAACAACAGCAGCAGCAGCCGCAGCAAGAUGAAUGGGAAGAUUUCGAAUCUUCAAAUUAUAAAUAUGAACAAUUGCGUUUAAAAUUUUCGCGCAUAAAUAAUGAUAAUGAUUAUGAUGAUGAAUAUUAUGAUGAUGAAAAUAAUCCAAAUAAUAAUGAUGAUAAUAAUGAUAUGAGUGGCGAUCGUCAACAACAAAAAGAUAAACCUGUUUGGAAUAUGGAUCAAAUGAAAAAAGAAAAAGAAACAAAUGUUCCUAUUGUUGAAGAAAAAAUUGCAGAACCAUCACCACCACCUCCACCAAAACCGUCAACAACAUCAACUGGUGCUUAUCGACCACCAGCAUUACGAGGUGGUUCAUCAGUUACUGUUGUUAGUGGUGUUAGUCAACGAACAUCAAAAAAGAAAGAACCUAAUUUAGCUUCAACUGAUGAAUUUCCAACACUUGGAUCAGCUAUUAAUAAAAAAUAA